AUGGUGGAAGUAUGUGCGGCUCCCAUACUCCCAGAGAACAGUCCCUUUGUUUUGGUCGUUUCGUCCUUGGAAUGUGCCAAGGACUUUUGCAAUCUGCUGGAAGAUUUCUUUGACACUUUUCAGGAUUACAGGAACGUUGGCUGUCUAGAAUCUAAUGAAGUCACUCUGGUGGCGCACUACAAUGGACGACUCUUUGUCGCAGCAGCCAAUGAAGACACCAUGGAUUGGGUGGGAAGACACAUUUGUUCUAAGGGGCCAUAUGAGGCCAUCGGUCCAACAAACUUCCUCCACCUAACCGCGGCCAGAGUUGCGUGGCCAAAGAUCAAGUUUAGUUUGCAGCGCAUUUUCACGCUGCUGGAGCGCCAGAAUUCUGAUAUUGAGAUGGAGAAACGGGCAGCGGUGAACCGAAAUAAUUUACCAUCUAAGGCCGAUGAGAACGUCACGGAAAUUUGCCUCAAUGAACAGGUUGAGAUCUGGAUGGAUGCCGAGAGUGCCAAAGUCAUCAAAAAGAGAUGCAACCACCUCAAACUAAGUUUUUGGAUGAUCGAAUUCGAAUUUCGCAAUUAG